CGGAGGGCAUCUGUCGACCGUACACAGAGAAAGAUAUUGCGGUCAUGGCAGCUGCCCGAGUUACAACAGCAACUACUCGAUCGAUUCGGCGCAACACUCUCAGUCACAGAACAGAGAAUCUCCUCCCGAACCCCCCGCUCGCGAGAGUUGGCCCUGGCCCCUCUGGUUGUUGCUGAAGUUGGUCGGGCUGUACAACUACCGGCGGAUUGUGACGAGGCGGCGAUGCCACCAGUGCCGACUGGCACUGUUCCAGCGUCGACUGCGGGAGAGGAGACAGGAGGGGGGUAGAUGGCUCUACCCGGGGGCCUUGGAGGAGCAGACGGAGGACAAGACGGCGGAAGACGGAGAAGAGGUGCCUUUAAUCUGCGUGCUCGAUGACGCCCAUAUCGCCCAAGUGAAAGGUGGCAGCGUAGGUAUGCAGACAACUGACGGUUGCAUAGUGUGCCGUAACAUGUGGUGGGAUUCGGAGGGCAUCUGUCGACCGUACACAGAGAAAGAUAUUGGUGCUCGUGAAUGGAUCCAUCGGGGAAGCACUGUACUAUCGAUCAUAUGGGUCUUGAUUCUUUUUGGCUUCACGCUGUACGAGAUGACCCUCCGAAUCAAGUAUUUGGGCGGUCAGAAGAAGGAGCUGGUGCCCUUCAUCAACUUUGCAACGCACAAUAUCUUCAACAUGUCCAUCCCUGCGUUCGUCCUCCUGGCGAAUGUUCGUCACUUGAGAAUGGACCGUCGGAGACUGCGAAGGGUUGAAGGUUUCCGGUGGUGGAAGGCGCUGAGUAUCCGGUUCAUCGUGAGACGUUUGCAGCACCUGGAGAUGCGGAACCGCCGAAUGCCCCACAAGGCCUUUCUGAUCAUUUGUCUCGUCUGGCCCCUUUUUAACGGGAUGUACAGCCUCAUAUUAUUCGUCACGCGCCUUAAGUCUUCGGAGGAAACAGUGGUGUCCCUGGUUUUCAGCGUGUUGUGCAUGAUUGUGUGGGGCGUUUUUUGCUAUCUGGUCCUGCUGCUGAGGCUGUCCUUCCUGCAGCAGCAACGCCUAGAGUUGGGGUUCCUCUGGCGGCACGCAGGUAAGCUUGAUGUCUGCAGGCGUCAGCUGUCGAUGUACGUGGAGGACCUGGGUUGCCUGCGUCAGCUCGUUUCUGGCUGGAUCAUCGUAGUAGUUGCGGUCUCGUCAUGGGCCUUCUCCUCGAUGCUGUACUGGGAGUACGUGGUCAUCAGCAGCAGGUUGAAGGUUAAACGCGACUACUUCUUCGAGUUUAACUUCAACCUUUGGUCCACCAACAUCAUGUUCCUGUCUCUGCCUCUGUUGGCGGUCGGUGGGAUGGAGCUGAAGGGUAUGUGGUCUCGGUUCAAGUACUCUAUCAGUCAGAUGAGGAGUGAGUCCCAUGAUGCUUUCUGGGAUAAGAUUCUGGCUUACUGCGAGGAGCGGUCUCCAACCACCAGGGUGAAAAUGCUGGCGCUGAUGGUCUCUGCCUUGGGACUGUUUGUGGGUUUGCAUCUGUCAGUGGAGGAUCAGGAUGUGAACAUGCCAAUUCAGAAUGAGUUAUUCACGCUUUUUUACCAUAUUAAUUCAUCCAGCAGCUAAAUACAUUGAAUAAACAUUUCAUUUUUUUUUCAAAUAUUGACCGCCAUUUUGUAUGGGGGGGGGGCGAAAAGUUUGCAUGCAGCUCAUCAUUGGUCCGUAACAGAAACUUUAAAUUGCAAGUUGCUUCGCCACUUUUUAAAUCAAAAGCGUUUUUAUCUAGCACUCUGUAGAAGUAAUAAUUACCAGCACUGUUUUGAUAGUGCGUGGCAUAUUUCUGUUUACAUUUUGAACAUAAUUAUUUUUUCAGCUCUGUGCCCACGGCCAGCCACAGUUUUGUAAACCACUGGUUGAUUGCAAAAACUGCGCUUGUAAAGUGGCAAAAGAAAGGCCAUAGAUACCGAUGCGGAGCAUCGAAAACAAAAGUGAAAUUCAAUUGAAAUUAUCAGGCCGAGGACAUUUUCAGAAGCAUAGUAUACUGUAAAUAAUGUACAAGCUGAGUAAAUGUACUUUUUCGAAGCGUUCCCUUUCUUGUUUACUUUUCUCGGGGUGGGUGGAAUGAAGUCGUAGGGGUUUCUAUUUGGGCAAGAUAUUAAUCAAAAGUGAAACAAUUCUUGUGGCUCGACGCUGUCCACUAGUACAGCUGUGGCUCACUUGUUUAACUGGCAUACCUCGACGAUAAUUGAGUGAGACAUUUUUAUCAAACUGUACAUGAAAAGAUGCGGGCAUGUUGAGUACACGUUUUCUCAGUGUCAUUUUAAACCGUAGUUAACUUUAAUUAAGGGAAUAAAUAUGUGCUUGGCCGGUCCUACAUGUGCGUUUAAUACCAGCUAAGGAGAGUGGACGUGACUAAUGCCCGAGCCACAGGCGAGGUCAUCAUCAGCGUUCAGUCUCCAGGGCCGGUC